AUGCGCCGUAAUUUGGCUUCUUGGAUGGAAGUUGUGCCACCGUACAAGCAGGAAGCUCCUAAAACGCCGCCCCAUGUGAUAUUGCAUUAUGUGGCCUUCAAGACAGCCUGGGAUUGGAUGAUUCUGUUUCUGACGGGCUAUACAGCUGUCAUGGUGCCCUUCAAUGCUGCCUUUAAGAGCAAGACCAUCGAUGACGUCGUUUUCCUGGUCAUUGACAGUAUCGUUGACGUCAUCUUUUUCAUCGAUAUCGUACUAAACUUUCACACUACAUUCGUCGGCCCCCAGGGUGAAGUGAUUUCCGAUGCAACUGUGAUAAGAAUCAACUACCUGAAAGGAUGGUUUAUCGUUGACCUUCUAUCCUGUCUGCCGUACGAUGUCUUCAAUGCAUUCCAGCCUGAGGCAACUCAGGUAAUCACACUAUUUUUUUGCUCACCGCCUUCUGACAGGAUAUCAGACUUGGAGAACUACAUCUACUACGGUUGGAUACCCCGGCUCUCCAAGGACAUUGGUCUCAUUGGCAAGAAUGCCAGUACAAAUGAUGCAAAAUUCCGACGUCAGGUGGUCCUGAAAGGAGCUAGUCAGUGGAUGUGCUCAGAGUACGGCAAUUAUCACGUCCAGUUCCCUAUGGGAAGAGAAGGGGUAAGAACAGUAGGAGUUGUUUAA